AACUGGACCAUUCAUAAGAACCCCACGUCAAGGUCGUAUUGAAGAUUGAAAUGCAAAAACAGUGGGUCGAUAUCAUUUCCUGAAAUCUGCAGAGAUUAACAUAGUGGGGUAGAUUAAGGUUGGCGGGGUCAGGGGUUCCACACAAGCGAGCCGUUUUCAGGCUCUCAUCUCCGAUGUUCCUCCUGCAAAGCGCUGCUCUUCCCAUCGCGAUUUUUUGAGCUCCCACGUGGGUGAACUUGCUGGUGGUUGUGUUGGAAACUUGGAGUUGGCAAGAUGGGGGUGACGUGUUGGUCCGAGGCUGAAAGGUCCCAAUCGGUUGGGUGCGCCGAAGAUUUGAGUUUAUAUAAGUGUGCUGCUGCUCUUGGCAUCAACCUGUUUUUUUUUUGGAAGGGCACCACGGUCGAUACACUCGUUUAUCAGUACUUAAAUCUUUUGGUUGGAGAGAGCAAGAGCAGUUACAAUGGCAGUCUUUCGUUCAAUCAGCCUUGCGAGUGUGACUGUGCUUCUAGCGCAGCUUAAUGGGGUGCAAGCUACGACCUUCUUGGCCCCGGAGCAGGAUAUUGUGUUGCCUGCGAGUGGCUCGGCAAGUGAGCCGUUGGAAUGGGCGGGUGCUAAUAGUCCUUACUUUGCUGGGCCCAAUAUCUACGGCAUCAGCAAUGCGGUUCCGGAUAAUUGUGUGGUUGAGCAGGUGGCGUAUAAUGUGAGACAUGGGAGUCGAUACCCAGAUGCUGGUGCCUACGCACAAUGGACUGCUCUGUAUGCAAAAAUCCAAAAUGCUACCUUCACAGCAACGGGCGAAAUGGCUUUCUUGCAAGACUGGCAGCCAGUUCUUACGAACUCGGUUGCGCAGAUGUCACAAGAGAGCACCACGGGGUACAAGGAAGCAUAUGAUUUAGGAUAUCAAGUGAGAACGAGAUACCCCAAACUUUACGCCUAUGGCACACCAUUCAUUAGUUGGGCAAACCUUUACCCUCGUGUCGUUCAGACUGCCCAAAACUUCGUUCGAGGUUUCCUUGGUCAAACUGCAACGAAUUUGGGAUUGAUCAUUUCAAUCAACUCAACGGGAUCCCCUCAAGCACUGUUCGAUUCGCUCUCGCCUAGUGAUCAAUGCCCUCUCUUUGUUGAUGGAAAUGGUGGGACUCAACAGGUGUCAUGGAACAACAUCUAUCUUCCUCCCAUUCUUGAACGUAUUCAAACCAUGAUCACUGGGGAUCUGAACUUUACCACAACCGAUGUCAACAUCAUGCCUUACCUGUGCGGUUUCGAAUCCCAAAUUACCGGAACGCUCUCUCCCUGGUGUGGAGUUUUCUCCGACGCCGAGCUCAAACAGUAUGAGUACUCGCAGGAUCUCCGAUACUACUAUGGGAUGGGACCCGGUACUGAUCUUCCUUCGAAGAUGAUGUUACCGUAUCUCAAUGCCUUGGUCGGAAUGCUGGCCCAGGGACCAGGAAUCAACGGGACCUUUGCUAAUGGAACCAGCUUCACUCUGCCAAAGAUCCUCACGUCAUUCAUGAACGAUGGUCAGAUCACGGAAUUGGGCGCUGCAACUGGAAUUUGGGACAACACUACCGUCCUCAGCGGGACCGAGAUUCCAGAAGGUUAUGAUUAUAUUUCCAGCCACUUCGUCAGCAUGCGCGGCACAGUGGCAUUCGAGCGUCUCAACUGUGUUGUUUCCCCUGCCGUCAAGGCCAGAGACCAUGUCAUCAAAGCCAGAGGGGAAGUCAAAAUUGAUGACGAGACGGUCACCAUCACCAUCUGCCCGACCCAGACUGGUCCUUUCGCCACUUACACCAAGCCUGCGAAGUCCUCAUCAACCUCCAUCAUCACGGAGACUCAGGUAUACACCAUCACCUCCUGCGCGCCUGAAAUCACCAACUGCCCAGUUGGCAAGAAGACCUCCACGGUCGUUACCUCAAAGACCGUCAUCCCUGUGGAAGAGACGUCGGCCUCGACAGCAUGGCAAUCAUGGACAACGUCCACGACACUUGUCACUGCAUCUUAUACGGUUACCUCUUGUGCACCAACGGUAACUGGCUGCUCAGUUGGAGAGCUGACUUCCACCAUAUAUGAGACGGUUACUUGGUGCCCUGUUACUGCCACUGAGACCGGCCUGGCUGCAACGAGCACUGGCGCGGGAGCUAUUGGCAAUGGAUCUGGCUCGGGAUCAUCAGGCACCGCCACACUCUCAGCAACCAGCUCUUACAACAGAGCUUGCACAAACAAGUCCAAGCCCAAGCUAUCCACAGCCCUCUCAGCAACGGGAUACAGCUCCCCAACCACAUUUGCAACAGGGAUCUACAACACAACCUCCCUCCUCUCAUCUUCUACCUCCGUACCUUAUACACACGCCACCUCAAUCCUUGCCCACAGCAGCAGCACCUCAACUUCCUCCCUUCCAAACCCCACGCCCACCUCAGGUUCCACAAACCAAACCUACAUCCGCAUCCUGAUCAACGACGCUGUCUACGUGGUUCCCUCAUGCCAAGACGGCCCUGGUCGUUCCUGCUUGAUGAGCGAGUACGUAGCGCUUGUUGAAAGCAAGGUCGCAGCGGCAGGUGAUCUGAGAACGAGAUGUAAUGUUACCAAUACAGCGAGCCCGACGGUGUUGAAGGGCGCGAGCUUCUUUACCAAUUUGGCGGAUAGUUGGUUGGCCCAGGUUGCUCCAUAAUAGGUGUAAUGGGUGAUGGGAAAGAAGGGAGAAGAGGGUGGCAUAUAAAGGGUUCAGGAUAGUUUUUAAUAGUGUAUAUAAUAUGCUUCAACUCUGCAGUACCCUACAAUCAUGACAAUGUUUCAUACAUCUUUAGUUAAUUCAGUUCCCC